GGGAUACUAAGCGAGAGACUCCUUUAAUCUGCUUUUGGCUUCACAUCAACAGGCUGUACGCUACGGAUUCCAUUCCACUGGAAAACUUGAAAGCCCCAUCUUACUGUGGAUGAAGUGAAAAUAGCAGUUGCUAUUCUUAAUCAUGGAUGAUUUUGUUGGCAAAAAAUUAAGUAAAUGGAGUCUCAGCGAAUUGACACAAACGUGUGAAGAUCACGAAGUUGACAAGGAAAGUCUUUACUGUCUGGAAGAUCGAGACAUUGCUGACUUGAUCCCAAAAGUGGGACCACGGUCAAAAUUCAGAAAGAGACUCAAGUUGUUAAAGGAGGAACAAAGCACAAAAGAUCCGGAAACAUCUGAUUCUUCUGUUGAAGUUUAUCCGUCCACCAGCAAAACAAAUGAUAAAGGAAAGAGGAAGUUGGGUCUUCCGGGUGAGUCCAGCCAAUCACCAGCCAGAAAACGACCACGUAAGGAUAUACAAGGAUCAAACAAAGAAGAAGAGAUUCUGUCUGAUGUGAAAAACAUCAUGAGUCGUGUCCUUGAUAAACUACCUAACAAAUACGACAAGUUCAACACGUUUCUGAAGGAAAGAGAAAGAAAGAACAUCAACACUUUGGAGACAGACAAGAGGGAGCUGGUCGGCGUCUUUGGUAAAACGGGGGCUGGAAAGAGCUCUCUGAUAAAUGCCGUCAUUGGAGUGAAGGAUCUGUUGCCCUCUGGAAGCAUCAGUGCAUGUACCUCAGUGAUGAUUAAAGUGGAGGCUAACAUGAAGAACCCAAAGUACGAGGCAGAAAUUGAGUUCAUUACAAAAGAGGAGUGGAAAGAGGAGUUGCGGACCUUGAUUAAUUUCGCUCGUGAUAACAAAGAUCAGGAAAACUACGACGAUGAUCAAGACAGUGUUGAAACGCUGUCACUGCUGUAUGGAGAAGAAUGGAAAAACAAAACUCCUGAAAACCUCAUGGAUAAAAAAUACUUCAGAGAAAUUCCUGAAUUUCUCAGUUCCAAGAGUAAGAUUUUGACAAGGGAUACAGCUGAAGACUUAUCUAGUGAAUUGGUCAAAUACACACAAAGUAAGUCAAAAGAGGAAGAUGCUAAGUGGUAUCGGCCACUGGUGAAGUGUGUGACCGUCAGGGUGCCGAACAAUCCUUUUCUCCAGCACGUCACACUUGUGGAUCUUCCUGGAAACGGGGACCGUAACAAGAGCAGAGACACGAUGUGGAAAAAGGUUAUUGGAAGUUGUUCUACUGUCUGGAUUGUGACUGAUAUAAAUCGAGCAGCUUCAGAAAAAGAACCCUGGGAGAUCCUGAAAGAAUCCUGCAGCCUCAUGGGAAAUGGUGGCGAGUGUUGGCAGAUUCAUUUUAUCUGCACCAAGUCUGAUCAUUGUGAAGAUUCAGAUGAUCAUUCAGCAGCUGGUGUCCAUGCUCAGAUACUGAAACAAAACAAGCAAGCCAAGAUUGACGUGAGGGCAGAAUUCAACAAACUAAAAUACGUUAAGAAACAAUUCAGUGAUGAAGAUUUCAAGGUUUUCACAGUGAGCUCCAAAGAGUUCUUGAGAAAGAAACGUCUGGAUCCAGAUGAAACAGAAAUUCCCGAACUGCAGAAAAUCCUGCAAGCUCUCAAUGACAGUCACUCUGAGACAUUAAACUAUGUGUCUGGAGCUCGCGGGAUUCUCUUUCUGAUUCAGGGAGUCAGCAGCAGAGAAGGGGCUGACAUAAAGAAAAAUGUGUGCAAAGGACUUGAAAAAGAGCUGAUUUGUGAACUUCAUGAAGUCAGGGAAACCAUGAAUGCGACCCGUAAGGCUUUUGAAAAAUGCCUCAGUGAGGGGGUUGAAAAAUCUAAAAGUUCAUGUGAUGAAGUCUUAAAGUCGGUCCUUUAUCCUGAAGACAGUGGCAGUGCAUUUCACAGGACACUGAAGUGUGUAGUUGAGAAGGGUGGCAUCCACAAACCAAAAAAUGGGGAAUUAAUAAACAUCAAUAUGAAAUUAACUUCAUAUUUGACUGACAGCAUUGACGAGGAAUUUAAGAAGACCUUCCCAAAUGAAGGAAACAGUGGACCAUUCAAAGGGGUCAUCAAUGCGUUUUCACUUGGCACAGAGAAGAAGCUGAAGAAUAAGAAGUACGGAAAUGUCAAAUGCAUGCUGACAUUUCUCAGGACAGUGGAAGAAAAGAUGAAAACAAAUCUCAACAAAAUCAUCCGUGAUAGAAAGAAAACGAUCUACAGCAGCCUGACAACAACAAUCGAGGAGAUCAUGCAACCAUGCUAUGACAAAGCAAAAAUAUUUAAAGGAGAAGGCUCGAUGAACAAAAUGAGGGAAACUAUUGAAAAGCACGUAUGUCGUUCAAAGGACGUCAUGUUUGCUCAGGCUAAAGACGCCAUGAUGACACAGCUGAGAUACUUGAUGUUGGAGAUCCCGGAGAAACUGGAGAGCACUAUGAAGGAAUCAAUCGUGCUGUCACUCAAGACAUAUGGUGUCUCCCAGUCCCUCCCAGAUGUAAGUGAGGAGCUUGGGAAGGUAAAUAACUACUACAAGGAACUGAAAAGAAAAACCGUAAACCCAGAUGAUGAUGCAACUCUUCGUAGAGAUUCACCUGGUCAAGCAGCUGCAGUGCGUCCAUGAUGUGCACAGGGUUGAUCCGUGGAGACUAACAGCAGAUGCCUGUUAACAUACCGAGGAUAAAAGACAUGAGGCCUCUGGAUUGGGUCUCAAUCAUUUUUUUAAAGUUCUUAUCUCUGUUGACUUUGAGUGUUUUUUAUUGUUAGCAUAAUGUGGUGCCCUAAUUCAUGUCAUUUAAAAAUCCUAUUUAAAAAAAAGCAGUUUGAUGAUAACCUUAUGUUGUUCAGUCUAUUAAGAUAUAUCUCCAUGUCAAUAGCGACCCCCACAUCCACCCCACCCUUGCUUUUGUGCGCAUCAGCAUUUUAGUUGUCUGCUAGAAGCAUUCAUAAAUGUAGUUUUUAAUGCAGUUUUCAGCACACUUUUAACCAACAGGCUUUUACCCUAGCUCAGGCAACAUGAGUUCUUGGCUGAUUUAUGUCCGAUUCUAGGACGACAAUCAGAGGUUAACACCUUGGUUUGUACCAAUGUUUGGCAAUGUAAGAAGACUUACAGAUCAACUAUGAAACGCUAAACCUCCAGAACUGUUUGCAGAGAAGCUAACUUUGCAUUAGCUUGUAGCCUCUCUGGCUUGUAUCCAUCAAGGAAACACUUACUUUCAAAGUAAACUGCUUUAUUCAGUGCUGAACCAGCUUUACUCUCUGGGUCGCUUUGUUUUGGAGAGGAGGAGACCUCUGGGCACAUUUUGACCAUAAUGGCAAACUAUGAGUUGCUAUGCUAUAUUCUGUUAUGUUUUGAAUGAGAUCCCAGUGAAUAAGUCCUCACUAUGCCCAUGUAUCGGAGAAUAGAUAUUGGAUCUCAGCCACUGCUGUGAUGUCACAGACAUUUUGCUUUUAAUAUUUCAACAGUUGCUUUGUCUUUUUCAUAUAUGUAUUUUCUGUUUAGCAUUGUUUGAUACAUUUAGGCUGGCAUUUCAAUGAAUUAAUUAAAUCCUCAACAUUGAUCACAGCAUUGCUGAGGGUGAUUUGGAUGAAGACUAGGCUUCUCAAAUAAUGAUUUUGAUAUUUUUUCUCUUAUUUUAAAGUAUAAAACUCACUGCAAAUUAAUGUUUUUUGGUGUUUUUUCAUUCAUAUAUGAAAUCUAGAGAGAAAUCUUAUCUGGUUCCUUGUUAUUUACUAUUUUUUCCCACACAAAAUU